AUGCACGAUGAGGAGGGGCCGGACGACGAGCUUACCCAGAUACGGAGGCUCCUGCGACCGGCCGAGAUUCCUGGGGUGGAGGACUGGGGCAUACCGCCGCCGCCGCCGUCGGCGCCGUGUGACUCAGCAUUGGAGGCAAAACUCACGCAGUUCAUGUCCCUCAAACGAGACCCGAAUGACCCCAAACACUUCAACGACUCCCUCAUGUCGAACCGCUCCUUCCGCAACCCGCACCUGUACACGCGGCUGGUGGAAUUCGUGGAUGUCGACGAGCGCGCGACGAACUUCCCGGAGGAGCUCUGGGACCCGACGGACGUGCGAGAAGAGUGGUACGCGGACCGCAUCGCCGAAGCACAGAAGGCGCGCUCGGAACAGCAGUCUACACAGGACGGCAGCGCAAAGCGUACUAAGAUCGACUUUGCGUCGUCCUCCCGACGUCCGGCAGCCGCUGCUCCUCAGCGAACUGAGCAGCGGUCAACAGGCCUUCGCGGUGGUGUGCUCGGAAAUGGGUAUGGAAGAGGUAGAGGGAGGCUUCGAUUUGGAUAA